AUGGGUAUCAUGCUGAAGCCUCUCGAAAUCCCUAGCAAGCCGGACGUAAUCGACGAGGGUGUCUACCGCUGGUCGGACGUUGUCCCUCCUCAGUCCGCCUUGACCUUCGCCGUACUCUGGGACCCCGAGGAAGACCUAGUCGUCUUUUCCCAGCCCGACAUCCGGCAGGAGGACUUUGACAAAGAUAUAUCUUCGCAUUAUCUUGGUCUCCCUCCGCACGAACAUCUCGCUGAACUCCGUUCAGUGACUAUUUCCAGCCUGGCGUCCUCGCCUCGUUCAUCACGGUUCGAUCUCCUCGAGGAGCAGCACGAGGACCUCUUCGGCCCCUAUUCACGAGAGCAACGAUCGCUCCGUGGAAUGACACAGACGUCUUCGACGCUCGGCGGCCUCGACGUGUAUCUCAAAGGCGCUGCACUGGGGAAGACGCACCAACACCAACCCAACUACUCUAUCCUCACUUUUAACACCGACCUCGACCUUUCUCUGGACCCCCCUUGUUGCGAGACGAACGCGAACAUUUAUCUAACUUAUCUUGCCCGAGGCAACUUCUCUCAGCCCGGUCUGCCUGUCUCUGUCCCACAAGUCCAAAGAAUAUCGGGCGCAUGGUCGUCUAUCGAGUCCCCAACAGCAGAGGAGCUCGCCCUGGAUCGCUUUAUGAUGGAUCGCUAUAAGAAAUCCUCUCGGACGUCGACUCCUACACACCGCCGGAGAAGGCUGAAGAAAAGACGUCCUAGCGAAGCGUCGGCUACAACUCCUAGACGGUCAACGUACGCCCCUAGCAGCCGUAGUUCUCCUUCAACUCCUACAUUAGCAAAUAUUCUGGUCGGCACCACAAGGUCGAUGUCAGCUCUAAGAGAUGUCUGGAGCUGCCGGAAACCAAGGAAGAUCGAUCAGGAUGACUGGGUAUUCGUCGAACGUUAA